GAAGGAUUUCUGCUGGGAGAGGUGAGACAGGAAGAGACUUUUAGCAUCAGUGAUUCACAGAUCAGCAACACUGAAUUUCUACAAGUGAUUGAAAUCCAUAACCACGAGCCUUGUUCAAAACUCUUUAGCUUUUAUGACUAUGCAGGCAAGGUUAAUGAGGAGAGUUUGGACAGGAUUCUUAAAGACCGAAGAAAAAACGUUAUCGGGUGGUACAGAUUUAGGAGAAACACUCAGCAGCAAAUGUCAUAUAGAGAACACAUCAUCCAUAAACAGCUGACCCAUAUUCUUGGAGUGCCUGAUCUUGUCUUCCUCCUCUUCAGCUUCAUUUCCACUGCAAAUAACUCAACACAUGCUUUAGAAUAUGUGCUUUUUAGACCAAACCGAAGGUAUAAUCAAAGAGUGUCACUUACUAUUCCUAAUCUAGGCAACACUAGUCAACAGGAAUACAAAGUUUCUUCAGUGCCAAAUACUUCUCAGAGUUAUGCCAAAGUUAUUAAGGAACACGGUACUGACUUUUUUGACAAAGAUGGAGUGAUGAAGGACAUCAGGGCUAUCUAUCAGGUUUAUAAUGCACUUCAGGAAAAAGUACAGGCAGUAUGUAUAGAUGUAGAGAAAAGUGAACGUGUGGUUGAAUCUUUUCAAGCUGAUGUAGACAAGUUAAAAAGGCAAAUCGCCCAAAAGAAAAGUGAAAAGGAACAAGAAAUAAGAAUGCAGCAAGCAAUUUUAAGCAGGCAGAUGCCAACAGAUAACUUGGAACCUAUGUUUGUUCCACGAAUGUCCUACACUGGAUUUGCUGUGGAAGGCUGCACACUUGAAGAUCCGGAUGUCUCCGAUCCUCCUCCUCCGUAUUCCGAUUUCAAUGCAAGCAAUCAAGAAAGUACUGUGGGUCCCAGUCUCCUAGAAAGCAAUGUUUUUAUGCCUCGACCUCAAGCAGUAGGUUCUUCCAGUUACGUUUCCACAAACACAGGAUUGAAAUAUUCAGGUAAUGGAGCAUCCAUGCCAUCGUCCCAAAGAGCGGUCGGUUACACUCAAGACAGUGAUUAUGAAAACUUGCUUGAACCUGCAGAGUCAUCUGACAGUGAAUACUCACAGACAAGAGAUUCUCGACCUUCACCACAUCCUGAUGGUGACUCCAGGAACACUCAAACAUCUCAGAUUUGAUGGGGAGGGGGGUAAAAAUCCACAUGACACUGUUUUUUCACAGUUGUUACUGAGAGAUUUUGGGGAUUUAACCUGGAGGAAAUGAACUACACAGGAUUUAACUGUGCACACAACAUGUAGAAGACUUGCACUAGAGGGUUUAUUCACCUUGUGAUACAUUUUGCAAGUUUUAUAAUGGAAUCAUUAGGAUAAUCAAGUUGUACUAAUACUGAUGAGCUUCAUGGAUGUACUGGUAAACUUAGGCAAAAUGAUGACAUUUAUAGAGAUCUUGUAGCUUUUGUUGCCGU